AUGGACGUGGGGCAGGGACUAACUUCUGAAACCACACCUAAUGAGCCCAUCACUACGUCAAUGGAAAAUAAUACAAUGAAUAGUGAAGAGGGACUGAAUUCUGGAACGACACUUGAUCAGUUCAUCAGCAGGUUCUCGAAUAGUCCAAGGUCCAUCAUAGGUGUGGCCCUUAGCUCCGGCAGGCUCAUAUGUCACCACAAAAAAUGCGCAGAUGUGACCUAUCCCAACAUUAGAAGACUGAGAGAACACUACAUUGCGCGUCAUGUUCCCGACAGAGAGCUACAUGUCGAUUACUGGUUCGACUCGAUGUCCAGUCUGAGUCUUCAUUCUCACAAAGAGAACGGGAGGAAGCUUCACAAACACCACAGGAGGAAGCUUCACAAAGACCACGGGAGGGAGCUUCACAUAUGGUGCAAAAACCUCGGUUGCGCACGUAGUUUGGCUGGCGGAGGUGAGCCUUUCGAAUCUACGAAGGAAUUGGAAAUUCAUGUCCACGACGUGCACAAGGAGGAGAUUUGGUGCGAUGUUCCUAACUGCGCACGUAGCAUAGCCAAGGGAAAGGCGCCAUUCGACCAUGCGGAAAUUCUGAGGAGACAUAUCAAAAAUGUGCACACGUUGGAGAUUUGGUGCCAAGUCCUGGAUUGCCCACGUAGCGAAGCCAAAGGAGGGGAGCCAUUCCACCUAAAGAGCGCUUUGAGGUGGCAUGUCAGGAACGCACAUGGGGAGCUUCCCGAAGCUGUGAAGGCGAACCGUGGCUUAUAA